CGUUCUUCGCGUCUCAACGAAUCUACCGGUUGUGCAUAUCUAUCGGCAGCCUUUCCAACGGUGAACUCGGAUGUUCAACUUGGCCAUCUUGAAGGACACAGUCUCAGUGCAUCCUCUCGACUUCGGAGGUCCCGCAGAGCAAGCCAUCAUCACCGAACUCAACAAAAAAUAUGCCAAUCGCGUUCUGCACGACGUUGGACUGUGCAUGUGUGUCUUCGAUCUGACAGAGGCUGGAGAAGGCAAAGUGAGGUAUGGGGACGGAUAUCUAUGGUACAAAGUCGUCUUCCGGAUGGUGAUCUUCCGGCCGUUUCAAUCCGAGGUUUUACUUGCAAAGGUCAUGUCUUCGGACCAGAAUGGGAUCCGAUUAUCUCUCGACUUUUUCGACGACAUAUACGUGCCGGUACAUUAUCUCCCGACACCAAAUGCCUUUGAUCCCAACGAACGCGCUCAUUUCUGGUUGCCAAAUUCUGAACUCGGGGAAGGAGAGCUGCUUGAUUCGCCACUGGUGGAACGCAUGUGGAUGGACAAGGGCGAAAUUAUGCGGAUACGGGUAGAAAGCGACGAGUUCUACGACGAGGAACCCGGGCCAGCGAAGAUGGCAGAAGGAGUGCAAGUCGUCAAGGAAGCUCAGACCCGAGCCCCUUUUACAAUUACUGCAUCCAUCGGAGAGCAAGGCCUGGGACCGAUUACAUGGUGGAGUGCUGCCCAAGUAGACGAAGAUGCUGUGAUGGAAGAAUGAGAGGUCGAAUUUAUCCGCUGUAUCCUUUAGUAGAUUCCACUGUAUUUGCAACAUAUCACUGUUUGACUUUUUUCUAUUCCUACUUACAUAGAACAUUUUUCUAUCA